UUUUGAUCAGUUCUACGGGUUUAGUUGAAGUAUCUCUGUGAGUGUCUUCCGUUUGGUAUUUCACAUUUUACUUAGAAUGUAUCAUCAAGUUUUGAAAAAAUUGAAGUCAUUCUAAGGUGAAUUGGGAAUCGGACACACAUAUAAGGUUAAAGUCAAUAUUAUACAAUAAAUGAGUUGCAAUGCACUUCGCCUUUAAGUUUGUCCUGAUAUAUUUUUUCACAUCAGUUCCGUUCGGUGCGAUGUAUGAAUUGACGGUCGAUUCAUUCGAGCCGGACCCCAACAUUGAUAAGGAUUACAUCGUUCUGAACACAUUGCGAGUGACCCGAAAACAGCGUAAUGUCUACGCCAUAGUCGGGUCCUUUGAAACCUUUCAAAACUGGGGCAAUCAGAAUAUUGUCUACUAUACGAUAUCAUCGGCUGACAAACCUGGUCCUCCAAUAAUGUCCGGUAAGGCAGGGUUUUGCGAUGUCUUCAACAUGAAGCACGAGAUAGUGGAAAAGGUACGGGAAGCUUCCGACAUGCCACCGAUAUGCCCUCUGCCCAAAGGGGUGUACAACAUUAAAAACUUCGAGCUGACGGAGAAAAUGCUGCCGCCAAUGAUGCCACAGGGUCAAUACGUGGUCCAUGCCAAGAUGAACAACCAUGAGGGAAAGCAGGUGCUGGCAUACAAAGUAUUUGCAACCGUUAAGUAAGGGCUCUACAUAUAUUAAUGUAUUAAAUUUUAUUCUAAAUCCAGUCAACGAACAAA